AUGGCACGUUGCUUAUAUUCCCGUUCUUCAGUCAUUUCCAUCUUGAUUCAUAUAUAUAUAAUGUUUGUGACUUAACGACUUUGCAGCCUUUCAAAUCCUCAAGACUUCACAUUUCUGCGAGCAUUGUUCCAAUGUAACAUUCCACAAAACAGAGGCACUCCUAGACAAUCAUGAGGCGGCCGAAAGCUCGCAAUCUUGGCGCCUUCCGCGGACCCUUUGCAAUGGCCCAAGAUGACAAUGUAUAGCGUAGCGCUCCUUCAAUAUCCUAUCUCGCUUCCUUGAUGGCUUAUGGAUCUCCAGUGAUAUAAAGCCUGGGCAGCAUCGGUGCAUCCUGUAUAGGACUCUCCCCUCUCAAUCACUCGCACCAUUACCACUAGCAUUCAGAAGUAGUCAUGACGGAAACUCUACCUAGGGUCUGGCUCAUAACCGGUGCUUCGUCCGGUUUUGGUUUCGCGAUGACCAAAUAUGCUCUCAGUAAGGGAGACAUAGCAGUUGCGACACUUCGAAAGCCAGAGGUGCUCGACGAUCUGAAGGCUCAGUACCCUGCCGAACAGCUUCUCGUUGUCAAGCUCGAUGUUACCAAGCCUGAAGAAGUUGCCAAUGCGUUCACGAAAACCAAGGAGGUGUUCGGUCGCCUUGACAUUGUUUUCAAUAAUGCUGCUUUCUUUGUCGUUGGUGAAGUCGAAUCAACUCCGGAGGACGUUGCGCGCUCCCUCUUUGAGACAAACUUCUGGGGUGCUUCGUACGUUACACGGGAAGCCAUUGGGUUCUUCCGUGAUGUGAACAAGCCUGGUGUUGGCGGGCGACUGUUACAAAUUAGCUCUCAGGGUGGUUUCUUUUCGUUUCCCGGAGUGGCUUAUUAUGGUGCCACCAAAUAUGCCUUGGAGGGAUUGUCGCAGGGAUUGGCAGGCGAGCUUGACCCUGAAUGGAACAUUAAGAUAACUAUUGUUGAGCCGGGAGAAUUUGACACGAAAGUGUUCACUUCGAACCUUGUUCAACCUCCCAUCCACCCUGCCUAUGCCACGAAGCCUCAUUUACCGAGCAACCUCUUCCGCCAACAAUAUAUAGCGGCACCCUCUAAACGUCAAGACCCAAACAAGGCUGUUAUAAAGCUAUACGAGUUGGCCUCUCUAGAGAAUCCACCUCUUCGACUUCCUAUCGGAAAGGAUGCAAUCGGCUUCGUCAAGGAUCAGUUGGAGCAAGUUGCUCGGGAUAGGGAGAGCUUUGCGCAUUGGUCAGAUGAUUUGGAAUGAGUCGACGAAUAAACUCAGCAGAGAAGUUUUAUUUCCGGAUUCAUUGUCACCCGAAUUUCAUGUAAUGUAGACAAUAGAAGUGUAUCACUGGAUUGAACGUACUGUACUCACUCCGUCACGUCAGGGUGAUUGAGAGUUUGAGUUUGGUCAUGUUUGACAUCGCCUUCGUACCGUGUCCAAAACGGGGACUCAGGCCGCCUGUACUUUCAGUAUCAAUAUUUUGUUCUUCUUUCUCCCUACGACGCGUUGUUUUGCU